UUGGUGGGGGGGGGGCAUUGACUGACGCAGCAUGAAAGCAGCUUUUUAGAUCCAGGACAGCAAAGAGGAAGAACUUUAUAUCCCGCACAUCCUCCCGCAUGUGCGUGUUUUAUUCUCACUGUCAAAGACCCCCCUCCCGCCCUUGCUGCCGCACGCCCCUCCCCCUCAGAGGAGAGCCACUCGGGCGCUGUUGUGGUCGCAUGUUAUAAAGCAGGAAACUCCGCCGUUUCUUUACACCGGAUCCUCGUACCGCCGCGUGCGCAGCUGCCAACCAGCCAGGACCCCGCGCGCGCGCGCUCCCAGACAUGACCCCGCGGUUGCCCCCCGCUGGAUUAACUCUCAUGUAACUGCUGCGCCUUGCCUCCAAAAACUCCACUCCUCUCAGCCUCCCCGGCUCUCUCUGUCUCCUGCCCUGCGCUCAUGGGGCGCGUGGCUGCGGGCGCGCGCGGGCUCUGAGCGGACCCCAGGUGGAUGUAUGCGCGCGGAGCCGCGCUCAACGGCUAAGGCACGUGCGUGGACAUUGGAGCGCCUGGAGGAUGCCGCGUUGGUGCGCCGUGGUCCUGCUGACGGCCGCGCUCUGCCGGGUCACGGGUACCCAAGCCUCAAGGUCGGACAUCGUAAAGUCAGGAAGCCCCAAAUCUACGCUAAAGCAUAUAUGGACAGGAAAUGGUAAGGAGAUGUCCAUCAGCAGGCUGCUGUCACAGACUUUACAAGGCAAAGAGAACAGCACAGCCUUAGACCUGCGCUAUGACACUCCGGAGCCCUAUUCUGAGCAGGACCUGUGGGACUGGCUGAGGAACUCCACAGACCUGCAGGACUCACGGCCACGAACAAAACGGCGGCCCAUGGUUAAGACGGGAAAGUUCAAGAAGAUGUUCGGCUGGGGGGAUUUCCACUCCAACAUAAAAACAGUCAAACUCAAUCUCCUGAUCACUGGUAAAAUUGUGGAUCAUGGCAACGGCACCUUCAGCGUCUACUUCCGGCACAACUCCACAGGCCAUGGCAAUGUAUCUGUUAGCUUGGUUCCACCCACAAAGAUUGUUGAGUUUGAUGUGGCGGCACAGCAGUCGGUCAUAGAUGCCAAGGACUCAAAGUCCUUCAACUGUCGCAUAGAGUAUGAGAAGGUGGAAAAAGGUGCGAAAAACACACUCUGCAACUUCGACCCAUCCAAGACCUGCUACCAGGAGCAAACUCAGAGCCACGUGUCCUGGCUAUGUUCCAAACCUUUCAAGGUUAUCUGCAUCUUCAUUUCCUUCUACAGCACCGACUACAAGCUGGUGCAGAAAGUCUGUCCAGACUACAACUAUCACAGUGACACUCCGUACUUCCCCUCAGGCUGACGUUCCAAAAUACUCCACAGUAUGUGAGUGCGUCAAAGACUGGGGCUUCUAUCCAUCCCAGGGAAGCGUGAGCAUCAGCUGUACCAACACGAUCAUCCAUUCUUUUUUUCCCUGCUCUGUGUUCAGAGUUCUGUAGAAAGAGCACUUACUUUUUACUGUUACCAAACAUAGAAAAUAGCAACGUGUGAUGCCUACAGCUAACCUAAAACGAUUAACUGGAACUAUGAUUGUUAUCCUAUUGACGUUGGUCCUUUUCACGAUUGUUCCCGUCUUAGCAAUGCUUAGAUCGCAAGAGUUGCAUAGGCCAGUUUGGUUUGAAUUUGUGACUUCAGUCCCUUUUCAUUUUCUUUGCAGCUGCUAAGCCCACCAGACGCUGUAAUAUUUCUUUCUUUCUAUUUGUUUCUAUUUUUAGUAGUUCCACCUUUCUGACCAAACCCUGAAUGGACAGACCCUCGCUCCUGUGAUCUUUUCUGAAAACAAACCCAAACCCUGAUUGAUUUGAACUAAAUCUGGUAACAGUUGACGAUGCUGAUUCACCUGUGUGCUCUGUGGGCUGACCCAACCUGCAGAGUGUGGAUUGAAGAGGCCAAUCCCCCCGUGUCCUUGGGGGUGUGCACUCCACCUUCGUCACUCCCCAGCUGUCACCAGUGUUUCCCUCACAAAGCCAUGUUUUGAGUCUGAUGGGUGAACUGGUUCAAUACUGACUGAACUUCUGACUCUUCAGCUGUCAGUGGGAGGGGGAGGGGGGUCUAUUCUCGCCUAACUCAAAAUGUAAUGUAACAAAUUCUAUAUCUAGGAGCCUAAUUUGUAUGAAUGGUUUGUAAAUGUACAUAGUUUAUCCAGAUGAAGCUGCUUCUGUACAUGUCUCCACACUCCGCCUUUUGUUCUCCCCCCUUUAUGCUCGUUCUUGAUUUCCCUAAAGAAACGAAACAACGUUGCUGCCCUAGAUGUGAAGUUUGUGAAAACUGAAAACCUGUACAGAAGUUUUAAAGAUGACGAAACAUAUGAAAACUAUUCUCUGAAAAUGUCUUUUUGGGGUCAAAAGGGAAUAUUAGAGUCACUAAUGAAUUAAAUCAGUAAAUUGUAUCAACCCAAUAUGUGUGUUGGUGUAUUCCUCCAAUGAGUGAAUGAGUGAAAUGUUCCCUUGCUUUUAACAUGUUUGCUUGCUGUAAUUUCAAUGUAAGGAGUAAUUUUUAUGUGUGUGUGUAAUGAAUGCACUGCAUAAUAUUGAUCCGCUUAACGAACACCACUGCGACUACCUGCCACACGCCUCACCUCACACACUUGUAAGACUUAGUAGACUGCAUGACAUGCAAAAAAAAAAAAGAUUUUUCAAAAAGACAAUAAUGUCUAAAUCUGGGUACAGUUGUGUCUUGUGUGGCUCAGAUGAGUCACUAAAAUUUAAACUCCCACUCCAAUCAUCUUUCAAUCUACUGUAAAAGUGUUCCCAGUGGCCUUUUAAUUAUAAUUUUGUCCUUUUUAGUCAAAAUUAAAAAAAAAAAAACUUUUCUAGGAUAUAGUUUUGAAGUACUUCGUCAGAAAUUUGAGUUGUGGGUGAGAAAAUAAACCUUCACAUCAUCCCUUUGUCCCUUCCUACAGCCCCUCACAACCACAAUCUAGGGUCUACCCUGAGUAUAGGCGACACAGGUGGCUACAAAGGUGCAAUCUGCUGGAGUGGGCACCAAAUCCUAAUUAUCAUAUGAAUAUUAAAAGUUUUUAUUAUUAUUGUCAUCAUUGUUUUUAAACAGUUUGAAACAUUCAAUGAGUUAUAUUGCUUGAGAUGCCACGCUACCCUUUUACCAAGAUAUGUAAAGAGCGACGCCAUAUUGGAAAGGUCUGUAGAUAAUGAGAAAUGCCUUAGCAGAUACAGUAAAAUGACCAUAAAUUGAUAAAAA